UGACCAUCUUUAGCUACUUGUAGAGACCACGCAGCUAAAGUAAGUCCCUUGACAGCACGGACGUUAUGGCAGCGUGUCAUGGUAGUAGAGGCCGGAGUCAAGGGUACUGAGUAUUAGCCAAGACUCGUAGAGCCACAGUUAAGUGUGGACCGAUGCCCCAAGCUGCCGCACGGGGAGGCUCCGUUUGACUAGGAGACGUAUUCGUUGGAGUUUCAGCAGUGCAUUUUGGCCUUGCAACAUAGUGGGCGUGGCGAUAAGAUCAGGAUAUAUCGGAUAGAAAUGCAAAUAACCUGCCCUAAGUAUCGCUCUCAGACAUGUUGGAACUCAGUGUGGCAUACGUCGAAGUCCGCGAAUUACUUACGACGCGAAUUUGGAAAACCGGUCACUCGCCUGAUCACCUGCGUUGGCGCGUGAGCUUGGGGAUACGUCACCUGACUCUUCACGGCAGAUACGAUGCUUUCUCGGCUGCAGGUUUUGGCAGCCGUGUGGGCAUUAGGCCUCCUCGUGCCCUCCACCCAGAUGUCCGUCAGGAGGCAACUACAGCCCGGGGAUGGCACUACGGAUUCUGUGUCUUCCUCCCCUAGCCCUCUCGAUGAAAAUCUCCCACAUACCAGUGACACAGGGAAAGGUGUUGGGACGCCCUUUUCAGAGGAUGAUUCUGUCGGCACUGAACCAAAAGAUCUUUUCUCCUUUUCUCAGUUGCCGAUGAACGGGCCGGGCGAAAGCAUCUUCAAUGAAUCAGUGGUGAACUUCGUGCGAGAUCUGACACUGUCGUCAAGUGAUGAGGACAUACGGGCACUGAUGGCCGUUUUGCACUCCCUAAUGUCGGACGGCACCUUCGGCCCUCUCACGGCAACAGUGACCCGGGGAAACUCAGCCAACAAACGGGAAGGCCAGAUGCCAGGGCGCGUCAGCCAGCAGGUGCAGGACCAGUUGGGGGAGCAGAUGGAGGCUUUGACCAAGGGCGAGGUCGAAGUCGUGCCUCAGCAGAUGGCCGAGUUCACCCUGGAGCCGCAUCUCGGUCCCGCUAUAUUGCCGUUUCAGGUUCCUGAAGGAUACUUCGUCCCCUUUCUCCCUCGUCGAGCCUUCGGCGUGGUAAACGGCGCUGUGCGUCCCCCGCACGGCCACGGGACCUUCUACGUGCACCGCCCUCCCGGCCUCGUCGACGUGCCCAACUCCCCCGCCUUCGGGUUCCUCUUCAGCGGCUAUAGGAGGUUCGACCCCGAGGCCCCGCGCACGCCCCACGAUUUCCACGCUUCUCCUGCCAGCGCGAUCGAGGAUUCCGCGCUGGUUGAACACGGGGAAGCCCUGGCCUCGGCGGAUGUGGAGGACGUAAUACCCUGACCGAGAGCAGUCCUUGUAAUUUUUUAUUGGCAAUAUUGAAUCGCUUUUAAACAAAUAAUAUGACAAAUAAUUUUAUGGAAUUGACGGUUUAUGGACACGUUUACAAUAAACUUACCAAA